AAAAGAUAAAAGGCGGAAGAGGGUGGUUCCAUUUUCCCCUCCUUCCCGAGAAAAUGAGAGAAAUCCUCCACAUCCAGGGCGGCCAGUGCGGCAACCAAAUCGGCGCCAAGUUCUGGGAGGUGAUCUGCGACGAGCAUGGCAUCGACCACACCGGAAAGUACAGUGGCGACUCCGACCUCCAGCUGGAACGCAUCAAUGUCUACUACAACGAGGCCAGCGGCGGAAGGUACGUCCCACGCGCCGUCCUCAUGGAUCUGGAACCCGGCACCAUGGAUUCGCUCCGAUCCGGACCCAUCGGCCAGAUUUUCCGCCCCGAUAACUUCGUCUUCGGGCAGUCCGGCGCCGGAAACAACUGGGCCAAGGGUCACUACACCGAGGGCGCCGAACUCAUCGAUUCCGUCUUGGAUGUUGUCAGGAAGGAGGCCGAGAAUUGCGAUUGUUUGCAAGGGUUUCAAGUCUGCCACUCUUUGGGAGGCGGCACUGGCUCCGGCAUGGGAACGCUUCUCAUCUCCAAGAUUCGGGAAGAGUAUCCAGAUCGUAUGAUGUUGACAUUUUCCGUCUUUCCUUCCCCUAAGGUGUCGGACACGGUUGUGGAGCCCUACAAUGCCACGCUUUCUGUGCACCAGCUUGUUGAAAACGCCGACGAAUGCAUGGUCCUCGACAAUGAGGCUCUCUAUGAUAUCUGUUUCCGUACCUUGAAGCUCGCUACACCAACUUUCGGGGACCUUAACCACCUCAUUUCUGCUACCAUGAGUGGAGUUACUUGCUGUCUACGUUUCCCUGGACAACUAAACUCUGAUCUUCGGAAGCUUGCCGUGAAUCUGAUCCCAUUCCCUCGUCUCCAUUUCUUCAUGGUGGGAUUUGCCCCCUUGACAUCAAGAGGAUCCCAGCAAUACCGCAACUUGACUGUGCCAGAAUUGACACAACAGAUGUGGGAUGCUAAGAACAUGAUGUGCGCUGCAGAUCCACGCCACGGUCGUUAUCUGACUGCAUCUGCCAUGUUCCGUGGUAAGAUGAGCACCAAGGAAGUGGACGAACAGAUGAUAAAUGUACAAAACAAGAACUCUUCUUACUUCGUGGAAUGGAUACCCAACAAUGUGAAGUCCAGCGUGUGUGAUAUCCCACCAAAGGGUCUGAAGAUGUCAUCCACAUUCAUCGGAAAUUCAACAUCAAUUCAGGAGAUGUUCAGGAGAGUUAGCGAGCAGUUCACUGCCAUGUUCAGGCGCAAGGCUUUCUUGCACUGGUACACUGGUGAGGGAAUGGAUGAAAUGGAGUUCACUGAGGCUGAGAGUAACAUGAAUGAUCUGGUGGCAGAGUACCAGCAGUACCAGGAUGCUACUGUUGAUGAGGAUGAGUACGAGGAUGAUGAUGAGGAUGUUGGUGCUUGAGGGGUCUUUGAGAUGUGAAGGUUGUUUCUAAUUGAACCUACGUGGAUGGAUGAAUGGAUGAUGGCUUUCAGCGAUGUUUAAUUUCUGAAGCAGUCAAAAAAACAUUGACUUGUUCAUGUGUUUGUUGUAUGAAUUGAGUGAGGGUCAUUGUUUUUAACCUGGGUUUUGUUGAUAAUGCUUCUUCUAUAUAAGUCAUCGGAUGUUUUACUAGAUAGAUAAUUGUAUACAUCGACGUUGGCAGUUCUCGUUAUUAUGUUCUAUUCACCCUUUUCUCUGUCGAUACGGUGAUCAUAGUGGUCGCCUAUGAAAGUGUGAAUUAAACAAAAUAUCACCCGUUUGCCAUUAUUAUUUUAAUUUUCAUUUAUCAUGUCAGUUGUUA